AUGGCGACUCCAUUCACUCCCAAGGACAACCCGGCGUUUAUCCUCCACGGAAAGCUCGACACGAGCUACGGAACACUCCCCGUUCCCGAGGUCGGACCCCAUGAGGUCCUCAUCGAGGUCCAGGAAACUGGCAUCUGCGGCUCAGAUGUGCACUUCUACAACACGGGCAAGAUGGGCCUCGUGUCUUGCUGCGGCUCCAUGUGCCUCGGGCACGAGUCGGCCGGCGUGAUUGUGCAGCUCGGCUCGGCUCUGGCUAAGCGCGCAGAGGCUUCGCGUAUUGAGAACGGCGCCGCGCCGGCCGGCGCGCACACCCUGCAGUUGGGCGAUCGCGUAGCGCUCGAGCCCGGAACAACGUGCCGCAUGUGCUCGGACUGCCGGACCGGCAACUACCAGAUCUGCGAGCACAUGGAGUUUGCAGCCUACCCGCCCUUUGACGGCACGCUUCAGCGGUACUACAAGCUUCCCUCGGACCUGGUGUACCCCCUCCCCGAGAGCGUGGACACGAUCUACGGCGCGAUGAUGGAGCCCCUCUCGGUGGCCGUGCACAGCGUCGCCAACGUCGGCGGCCUCCGCACCAACCAGAACGUGCUCAUCAUGGGUGCUGGGCCUGUUGGUCUGCUCGCGAUGGCGGUGGCCAAGGGAUUGGGCGCAGGUCGUAUCAUUGGCGUAGACAUUAACGCCGACCGACUGGCAUUUGCCAAGUCGUACGCCGCGACCGACACCUACAUCCCGAUCUCGCAGAAGGAGGGCGAGAAGCGGGCGGACUACUCCCUCCGCGCGGCGCAGGACCUCCUCUCCACCCUCCGCAUUCCCGAACGCGGUGCUGGAUCUAUUGAUCUGGUGGUGGACGCAACAGGCGCCGAGGUGUGUAUCCAGAUGGGCCUGAACGCCGUUCGGCCAGGCGGCACUUUUGUGCAGACUGGCUUUGGGCCGCCCGACGUCGCGAUCCCCAUGUUCCGCGUCGUCACCAACGAGAUCAAGAUCAAGGGGUCGUGGCGGUACGGGUCGGGCGAUUACCCCCUGUCUAUUGACUUGGUUGCGCGCGGCCUCGUCGAUCUCAAGCCCCUGCUCACGCACACAUUCCCGUUCGAGAAUGCACUCGAGGCGUUCGAACUGACGCGGGCGGGUAAGGACAAGGAGGGCAAGCCAGUGAUCAAGUGCGUCAUCCACGGGCCGCAGUAG